UGGAGCUGAGGCUCAGCUGACCCUUCCCCGUCCUCCUCCUCCUCCUCUUCCUCCUCUCCCACCCGUGUUCCACUUAACUCAGCACCACCCCCAACUCCCUGUCCCGCUUCCUCCUUUUCCCUAUCUGCCUCGCGAGCCCCCCACCCCUCCGCUGCAGCCCAGCCAGACGUCCAUCCAUCAGCCGAGCCCGAUGUACUCCCCCGAGCAGGAGAACAUCUGCACCACUUCCAUCAAAGUGCCAGUCAAGUAUGGAGAGCUCAUUGUGCUUGGGUACAAUGGCUCUUUGCCCAACGGCGAUCGAGGCCGACGCAAAAGCCGCUUUGCGCUCUGCAAACGGCCGAAAGCCAACGGAGUCAAACCCAGUACGGUUCACGUCGCCUGCUCUCCACAGGCUGCCAAGGCCAUCAGCAACAAAGACCAGCACAGCAUCUCAUACACGCUGUCCAGAGCCCAGACGGUGGUGGUGGAGUACACACACGACAGCAAUGUAGACAUGUUCCAGGUGGGUCGUUCCACGGAGAGCCCAAUAGACUUCGUGGUGACGGACACGGUGGUGGGCAGCCCGAGCAACGGCGACACCCAAACGGUCCAGAGCACCAUCUCACGCUUCGCCUGCCGCAUCAUGUGCCAGCGCACGCCGCCUUACACCGCCCGCAUCUACGCGGCCGGCUUCGACUCGUCCAAGAACAUCUUCCUCGGGGAGAAAGCGGCUAAGUGGAAGACGGCCGACGGGCAGAUGGACGGCCUGACCACCAACGGCGUGCUGGUGAUGCACCCUCGCCACGGCUUCAGCCAGGACUCCAGGCCCGGCGUGUGGCGCGAGAUCUCCGUGUGCGGGAACGUCUUCACCCUGCGAGAGACGCGCUCUGCACAGCAGCGGGGGAAGAUGGUGGAGGCGGAGUCUCAGGAGCUGGUGGACGGCUCCCUGAUCGACCUGUGCGGCGCCACGCUGCUUUGGCGCACGGCCGAGGGUCUGUCGCGCACGCCCACCCUCAAGCACCUGGAGGCCCUGCGGCAGGAGAUCAACGCGGCGCGCCCGCAGUGCCCCGUGGGCUUCAACACGUUGGCCUUCCCCUCCAUGCGGCGCAAGGACACGCCGGACGAGAAGCAGCCGUGGGCGUACCUGCGCUGCGGCCACGUGCACGGCUACCACGACUGGGGCAACCGGCGCGAGGAACGCGACGGGCGGCAGCGCGAGUGCCCCAUGUGCCGCGCCAAGGGGCCCUACGUGCCCCUGUGGCUGGGCUGCGAGGCCGGCUUCUACGUGGACGCCGCGCCGCCCACCCACGCCUUCGGCCCCUGCGGCCACGUCUGCUCGGAGAAGACGGCCGCCUUCUGGAGUCAGAUCCCGCUGCCGCAUGGCACGCACACCUUUCACGCCGCCUGCCCCUUCUGCGCCCACCAGCUGAGCGGCGAGCGCGGCUUCGUCAGACUCAUCUUCCAAGGACCCCUGGACUAGAGGACGCCGCGUUUGGACGUCUUUUUUUGUUUGUUUUUGUUUUGUUUUUUUACGGGGGGUUGUUGUUGUCUCGCUCUCAGUUUUAAGUGACCUUUUUGAGUAUUCCUUUUCAUGACAAAGAUUUCUAUAUUUUCCACCGAGACAAAACUGCUGGAGAGACUUUGUGAUUGUGACGACAACAACAACAGUAUUUAUCCCAAACCAAAAGCUACAGUACGGCUUAUUGUUCUCGUACUACAGGGUGUUCCCAAAGAAAAUCUACUCACUCUUAUACUACCCAACAAUUUGCCAUUUUGGGCUUUUGGGUGAAAUUUCAGGAUUGCGGCCUCAUCUUAAUGUAUUGGGUACUCGUAAAGGCUGCCGUUACCAGCAAAAUUUGCGCUACACUCCGGCAGUUUGACGCAUUGCAAAUGAUCAUGCGCGUCAGAAAGGAAGGUCUUUGUUCCCAACAAGUUGUCUUUGGGUUCAUUAACGUUUGAUGAAUCAGUGAGAUACUUUGUAUCAGUGAGUACACGGGUGAAUACUCAUACUGGAAUCAGUCUGAAAAAAAGAAGAAAAAAAAAGUACAGUGGUGCCUUGAGAUAAAAGUUGAAUUGCGUUACAUAACCCAAUCGUACCUCUAAUCAUCUUUUCACAUUAAAAUGAAUAAGAAUGCUACUCGAGCGAUACUAGAAAGCACCCAAAUGUUUUUUGUUGUUGUUUUUUUUCACAUUUUAAACUGAUUCAUUGCCAGCCGUUUUCAAAGCAGUGUACCACAUAUUGCCAGCUGUCUUCGAGCAUUUUAACUGAUCUUUCAAGACCCACACAUUAUUGUGUUCCGGGACAAUAUAAGCACAAAGAAAGAGUAAACUCUCACCCUUCACCAGAAGUAAAAAGUUUGUUUCUAGCUUUUUUCCAUUGUUUAGUAAUCAGCAGUAGAUGGGCUGGUUUCAGCAAAAACACCGGUAUUUUUUUGCUUAUAUGACACCUCAAGCUAUAAAUAAGACUGAGAAGGGGCUUUUGAUGGCAAAAAAAAAAAAAAAGAUUUACAGAUAUCCAAUUUAGAAACACACCGUGAGUGACACUGACUCACCGCAUGGCUGGAGUUGAACGUCACUGUCUUUUUUACAUGCCGUACGUCAUUCACUCCAUCUUUUCUCACGAUUGGAACACACUUUCGAAUACCUAUCGCAAAACAUACAUUCCGUGUAUACCACACAAAAAAAUACUCUCUAGGAGUGUGAGGUGCCUGAACUUGUCCGUCUUCCAACAUGUUGGCAUUUCUCUCCAAUCUUUAUCUUCUCCGCAAAAGCUGUGCUGACCGCAAAGCUGAAGCGAUGCAACGCCGCCAUCUACGGGGAUCGGGUGGUCAUUACAGUGAUUCACAAACCUGAAUUUUCAGAACUCUCAAGACACCACCGAACUCUCUGCACAACUUGCUGCUCUCUAACAAGCUGAAUGCCAAUCAGGUGGCGCCAAUGCACUACUUUUCUAUUGAUGGGGCUCUGGCGACAUCUUGUGGCAUCUUAGGCGUUACCGAAAGAGAGGGAAAAUUUGUAGGGCAAGACAAAAAUUUUUGGGACACCCUGUACGUCUCGUUCGCGAAUUUAAACUUUUAUUUUUUAUUUAUGACCCUCAGUGCAUCACAUGGCCUCUCACGUAAAAAAAAAAAAAAAAAAAAAAAGACAAUUUCCAAUCUUUUUACUUUGCAGAUUGUUGCGUGUUCUGAGGGCUUGUUUUCCCCGAGGUUACGUCUUUCUUGUUUUUUGUGUGUGUGUUUGUCGUAUUUAAACGUUUUGUCCUGUGUUCGCUUGUCCAAGCCGUCGUCGACAAAAGCAAUACCCUUUUCUGAAAGCAAACCUCCUGAAGCAUUGUGGGAAGUCCGAGUGACGCCUCCUUUUGUAACCCUUUAACGCAGCGCAGCCAUGUAGCAUCACACACACACACACACACACACACACACACACACACAAACAAAUCUGAGUUGAAAAGAUUAUUGUGACCACUGUUACGAAUGCCAGAGUUGUUUAUUGCUUUGAAAACAUUUACUGUAUAUCCACGAACGUACAUGUACAUUCUGUCGACAAAUCAUUUGGACGCCCUCACAAAAAAGUGUUGCGUUUCGUUGCGAGUCCUCUGACGAAACUGCUGACCGCGAUUUAUGAUCCCUUAUUUUCGUCAUGAUCGUUCUUAACCCUUUUUUGAAAGGCUAAAACAGGCUUGAAAGCCGAACCCAAGGGUUUGAAGGCAAUUUAGGGUUUCAAAAAACAAGGGUUAGGGUUUGAAUUCAAGUUAGAGUCAAAUUAAGGUAUCAAGACAAGGUAGAGUUUCAAGUUAGGGUUUGAAGCCUGGAUUAGGGUUGCAAACAAGGGAAACACUCAUUUAAAACCUGAACCAUUGUUUCAGUCCCUAAUUUGAAACCCUAAUCCAGUUUUGCAACCAUAUUUUGAAAGUCUUGACCCAGACUUGAAACCUUACUUUGAAACCUAAACCUGACUUCAAACUCUUAAUGUAAACCGUAGCCCAGGCUUGAAAACCUUCAUUUCAAACCCGAACCAUCGGCUCCAAACCCUAACUUGAAACCUCAACCCAGAAUUUGAAACCCUAACAUUGGCUUCAAUUCCAAAUUUGAAACCCUAUAACUCAUGUUUGAAGCCCUAAUUUGGCACCCUAAUCUUGGCUUUAAAUCUAAAUUUGAAACCCAAACAGUUGUUUGAAACCCUAAGACAGGUUUCGAAAACUUCAAACGCUCUUUGAAAACGAACGGAAAAAAUCAGUCUUUGCUAAUUGCGCCUCUUGGAUUUAUCGCGAGAUGUGGCGACCGACGCUCCCGCAUUUUGGCACAGGCUUCCUUCACUUCCGGCUUUUUUUCUCGCACACAUUUCAACUAUUUCACACGUCGUCGCUGUCUAGUAAACAUAAACAUGUAAGGAAACAACUACAGAUGUUUACUAUAACAAGAACAAAAAUGGAGCUACAUGCUUUUUAUUGUACAACGACGACCUGUCCUGUUUGUUUUAUUUUUUACUUUUUGGUCCACCGUGUGUCCGCCCGUAGUGAUGAUGUCAUCAAUAACCGCCAAGUAGUUUGACGUCACGUUUGAUAACUGUCAUUUCUCCGAGUCAAGCAACUGGCGUCGUCGCGCAUCAAAUGUCGUCACACUCGCACCCGAAGUGUCCCGCGAGCUCACCUCAGGGAGCCCAAGAUAGAAAAUCUGUGGCACGCGCACAAACACGCGCAUCCCUGUUGCCAUCACAACCGCGCCCAAUUUUCCAAAUAUGGAAGAAAGGUCUCCUCACCGGUCCUGUCAAUCAUCAUGACACGCACGUGCUCGUCCGUUCUAAAUGUUUUUUGUUUUUUGAAGGUGCAAAAGAGCAAAAUAAUGUUUUUCUAAUAACUUUAAACAAUAAAUUGGAAAAAAAAAAAGUUGAGUGUGGUUUUUGGGCACAGACAAAAUAAUAAUAAAAAACUGGAGUACGUCAGGAAGUCACACUACCUGUAAACAAACCCUAACCCUUAAUUUGAAAACCUAACACUUGGUUUAAAAAUCAACAUUUUAAACACCAACCCUUAUCUGAAUUCUUAACUUGAAACUUCUCAACACCCUACUAGAAGGUUUUAAACCCUAACCCUGCCUUGCAACCCGACUUUGAAACUAAACCUGUUUAAAAACCCUAAACCAAGCUUUAAACAUAAUGUGAAACACUUAUCCCAGUUUGAAACCUCAACCCAAGCUUGAAACCCUGCCUGAGGCUUGAAACACUCACAUUGAUUUGAGACUCUUACUUUGAAACACUAAAUCCUGGCUUCAAACGGAAUUUGAAACCCAAAUCCAUGUUUGAAACUCUCCGACUUGAAACCAUACUUUGAAACCCUAACCUUGUCUUAAAAACCAACAUUGAAACCCUAUAACCCAAGCUUGACACCCUAAUUUGAAACAUUUAUGAUGGUUUGAAACCUUAGUCCUGGCUUGAAACCUCUACUUUGAAACCCUAAUCCUUGGUUGAAAAGCUACCCCUUUCUAUUUGUUGUACUUACAUAUUUUCUAUGCUAUGUCAAAAAAUUGACAGCCCAGUCAGGUACAGAACAGUAUUAAUCAGUGUGCUAUAACAUGAUUAAAAAAACUCCUCUCAGCCAUAUUUCAGUGUAUGAUAUUACAGUUUAAUUAGACCUCAGUCACACUUCAACACUUAUUGCUGGCGUUCAGUCUUGUCGCUGUGUGUGUGUGUGUGUUUGGCCUCUCCUGGUGUUUGACAGCACACAAAAAAAAAAAUUAUAAUGCACAAUAUUGGGACAUGAGAUGAGUACAGACAGUACAAAAGGCCUUGAACUUCUUUUCGCUCAGAUUACUUUAGUCUUUGAUAUUAAUAUAAAGUAUUAUAUAACAGUAUCAUGCUAUA